AUGGUGCAGCUGGAGACGGUGCUGGUGGCGCUGGUGGAGCGCAAGGCGCGCGCUGCACGUGGAGCAGGCGCGGCGCCGGGCGCGGCACCCGCUGCUGCUGCUGCUGCGCGACCACCUUCCAGACGCUGGAGAUGGUGCUGGUGGCGCUGGUGGAGUGCAAGGCGCGCGCUGCACGUGGAGCAGGCGCGGCGCAGGACGUGGCACCCGCUGCUGCUGCUGCUGCGCGACCACCUUCCAGACGAGGAGGCAUCGAUGAUUGGCAACCAAGGGGACGAAUUGCCAUCGCACUGGUGCGAGCAUGAAAUCGCCAGACACAAACAAAAGAAGCUCAAAUUGCACACACACCACAGUGAAAUGUGCAGUCCUGAUCAGUUGGAGCUGGAGCGUCGUCGCAGACGGCGCCGGCGCAGCCCGCACACGCACUCACAGAAGCCGCGCAAACACCGCACGCUGCUCGUUUCCGCCAUCGAUGAGCAGGCCAAAGUCAUACACGUUUUGGAUCCAGAUGAGCUGCCGAGACGCGCCCGCUACACCAUCAUGGUGACAGCAUGUUUGCUGCUUUUCCUCUGCUUGCUGCUAGUAGGUGUAACGCUUAGAAUGGCCCCUCUCAUCGAUGACAUGGAUAAGAUUGAAUCACAAUGA